CGGCGGCAGCAGGAGCGGUUGCGCCGAGGCAGGGGGACACGGCACUCCGCACCGUACCGCUCUCCGGUCCGCUCCGUACCGCACCGCGCUUCUUCGCUCCGUACCGCUCUCCGGUCCGCUCCGUACCGCUCUCCGGUCCGCUCCGUACCGCACCGUACCGCUCUCCGAUCCGCUCCGUACCGCUUCGUACCGCGCCUCUCCGCACCGCACCGCUCUCCGGUCCACUCCGUACCGCAUUGUACCGCGCUUCUCCGCACCGUACUGCUCUCCGUACCGCAUCGUACCGCGCCUGUCCGCGCACCGUGCUGCUCUCCGGACCGCUCCGUCCCACGCUCCAGUCCGCUCCGUACCGCCCCUCGCCGCACCGUACCGCGCUCCGCACCGCUCUGUUUUCGUCCAUCCCGCGCGUCUCCGCGCCGCACGGUACCGCUGUGAUCCCCGCCGGGCCGCAGUUGCCCGCCGGAGCCCCGCUGCCCGGCACGGCCGAAGCGGCGAGCCCCGCUCCGCCGGCCCCGGCCCCCGCGGCGGGCGGUCCCGCGGGCGGAGGGAUGGCGGCCAAGCCGGCCGAGCUGCUGGGCGUCUGCUCCAGCUACCAGGCGGUGAUGCCCCACUUCGUCUGCGUGGCCGAGGAGUUCCCCCCGCCCGCCCGCCCCGCCAAGGCGCCCAGGGGCAAGCUGCGGCGGCCGCGGCAGUCGCGCUUCAAGACGCAGCCGGUGACUUUCGACGAGAUCCAGGAGGUGGAGGAGGAGGGGGUGUCUCCCAUGGAGGAGGAGAAGGCCAAGAAGUCCUUCCUGCAGUCGCUGGAGUGCCUGCGGCGGAGCACCCAGAACCUCAGCCUCCAGCGGGAGCGCCUCGGCAGCUGCCGCCUCCGCAACAGCCUCGACUCCAGCGACUCGGACUCGGCCCUCUGAGGGCUGCGGGACGCGGCGGGGCCCGGCUCGGGACCGACCGGGCUGCGGGAUGUUUUCUAAGAAAGCGCUUGUACCUUCGUUUCUAUUUGAUUGUAUGAAACUGUCCGUUCAAAAGACAAAAAAUAAUGAUCUUUUAUAUUCGUUAGAAGAAAUGAGCUGGUUUAGAUGCAUUGAGCUGCUGGACUUUGUAUUUAUUUUUCCAUUUAAACCGUUGACUGCAUUAAUUUAAUAUGUUUCUACCUGAAUGUCUGGUAUUAUUUCCAUAAAAGAGUAAUAAAAUCUGAUAUAUUUGCACAGUA